GCCAAACGCGUUUGAUUCUAACGUAUUUAAACGCAUUUAUCACCAAUUAACGCGUCCAAACGCGUUUCAAUUGUAAGAAAACGCGUUCAGACUCGUUUUUAGUACAAAAAAACGCGUUUAGCAGUGCAUUUGGUCUAAAAAAAUGUCUGCCUGGGAUAAAUUGGUAUACCGAAGAUUCUUUUGUUUAUCGUUUAGUCAAUCAAGCUUUUCGUACAGAAGAUAUAGCACUUUGGUACUUAUUUCGAUUUUAUAUUAUUGAUCUGUGUACUCAAUUAGAAAAAAUUCAUAAAGAACAAAAUCUUCAAACUACUUUAACAUUAUAUCGUGGUCAAUCGCAUUUACCAACAAAAGAGUUUGAAAAUAUAAAAUCAAAUAUUGGUGGUUUAAUUUCAACGAAUGGUUUCCUUUCAUCAUCUAAAGAUAUUGAACAAACGUCACAGUUUGUUCUUGGAGCUACAGAUACAGAAGAUUUCAAAGUUGUUCUAUUUGAAAUAACAGUUGACGCGGCUAAGUUAAAAAAUAUUAUUUUUGUUGAUAUAGAUCAAUACACUGGAAUAUUAGGAGAAAAGGAAAUUUUGUUUAGUAUUGGUUCUGUUUUUAAAAUUGAAAGUGUCAACUAUGAUACAAAUCUUAAUCUAUGGAACAUUAAAAUGAAAGCUACUGAUGAAGGUACGUACGAAGUAAAACAACGAAUCGAUACGAUGAGAAAAAAAUUUCAAAAUAGAAAUAUUAAUUUAUUAUUUGGCCGGGUUUUAUUGGACAUGAGUCAGUUUACAAAAGCUGAAUCUUAUUUUCAAAUGAUGCUGCAAGUGUUACCGAGGCAGCAUGAGGAUUUAGCAUCAGUUUACGACCAUAUCGGAGAAUUAAACAUGAGAACGACAAACUGGAAUGAAGCAAUAAAGAAUUUUAACUCUGCAUACCAAAUAAAAAAGAAAAAUGCAGUUAUACAUAAAAGACAGUUUAAACUUCAGUUGGGAUAUGCAGUGGAUAAUGACGAAUAUAGUAGUCAGUGGCCGUAA